UUUACAUAAAUACACGGCCUCCCAUAAAAAAAUUUCUUCAAGAUAUUUUGUUUUCUUCUCUCUGAUUGCCACACAUUCACACACUCGAACAAUAAAUUUGGUGCUAUUAUGUGCGUGUUUGAGUCUGAGGAUCUUACAGAUAUUAUACAUACAGAGUCCGUCGCCGGCGAUUUUGCUUCAAUUUGCGAGAAUUAGGUUUUGAUUUGAGAAAUUAUGGAUCGAGAAGGAGGAUCCAACGGCGGAUCUUGCUAUUACUCUGUUCUCGGUGUUCGUCGGAACGCCUCCUUCUCUGAUAUCCGUACUGCCUAUCGUAAACUCGCCAUGAAAUGGCAUCCGGACAAAUGGACCGGUAACCCCGCCGUCGCCGGAGAAGUCAAACGACGGUUUCAGCAAAUCCAGGAAGCUUAUACCGUUUUAUCUGACCAGGCAAAGAGGUCAAUGUAUGAUGCUGGGCUUUACGAUCCACUUGAAGAAGAAGAUGAUGACUUUUGUGAUUUCAUGCAAGAGAUGAUUUCUAUGAUGAACAAUGUGAAAGACGAGGGAGAUAGCUUUGAAGAUCUUCAAAGGAUGUUCGUGGAAAUGGUCGGCGGAGAUGGCGUGGGAGUUGAACGCAGCGAAGAUCGAACGGAUGGGAAGAGGGCACGCGUCAACUCAUCUAAAGGUAAUGCAGCAAAGCGCAGUAACUCUCGGUGUUGAGCCAGCCAAUGUAGUGGAUCACUGCCGUCACAUAUCAAGGCCUUAAGUAGAGGGGCGGUUGGUGGGCAUUUGGGUGCCAUAUUAGACAAUAGUGUAGAUGAUAAGUUAAUGUGGUUAAAGUGUUUCUGAUUUUUUAGGCUUUUAAUUAAUUAUUUGUAAUUUUUAGCAUAUUAGUAUAAGAUUUUCCUUUUUUA